CAUAACAGAAUUCAUCACUGGACCUCAAGGGGAGAAGGGAUGUAGAGGACCCCCAGGAUCUAAGGGGGAAUCAGGUGUGAUGGGUCCCCAAGGAGAGAAAGGACAAUCAGGAGCAAUAGGAAAACCUGGUCGCAAGGGAGAGAAAGGCUUCCAAGGCUGGCGAGGUCUUGAAGGUGCGCCAGGAUCAGCGUGCGUGUUGAAGGGCAAUAAAGGACCAGCAGGUUUGCGGGGAGGUCAGGGCCUCAAAGGAGACCCAGGACCCUCAGGAGAUCCUGCUCAUCCAGGUGUCCCUGGCACGCCUGGACAUAAGGGUGACCCAGGCCUGCGUGGAGGUCCAGGUGUUGAAGGUGUGCAGGGUCCCAGAGGAGAGCCUGGUCUCAGAGGAACUAAGGGUUUGAAAGGACUUGGUGGACCUUCAGGACCGUUGGGUCACCUUGGACCAGUUGGAGCGCCUGGUUUGAUGGGACAACCCGGACUUCCUGGACAAGUGUUCCUUCUAGAAGGUCUACAGGGAGAAGCAGGAAGUCCAGGACCUCUAUCCUCAUCAUGCGGCUGCUCGCCACACCCCCGCCAACAACCAAGGCCACAUCGGGUCCAGAAGAUUUUCAUCGCAGACGGAGAAGAAGCUUUGAGGAAGCUGCAGAAGGAGAACACCAUGGUUCUACGUACUGACAAGAAGGCUCUUUACAUCUUCACUGAGCAGCAGUGGGUCAACGUACUGUGUGCUGCCAUCUAGUGGAAGAAGUCUUCAAUUGCU